AUGUUGAUGGACUCAAACUUAAUAACUUACGGGACAAAUACAAAGCCCAAUCUGACAUAUGUAACCACUACUUCAUAAUAGUACAAAGAUUUUAUUAGAAGAGUUGAAUUCAACUAUAUAAAUUAGUAAAACAAACUUUAUGCCUGCACUUAUUGCUGGGCAUUUUUGACGAUAUUUUAAAAGAAAAGACAUUUAGAGCAUGCUACCUUUUUUGUUAGUCCUUCGCAUUUCAAGGAUGAAAUGACAUAUUUAAGUCUGUGCAAACUUAACAAUAAAUUCUUAGAAAUGGGUAAAGGAGCUAAUAGAUUAAUCAGAGUUCCACUAUUUAAUGAAUAAGCACUUAAUGUUGAUUAAACAACUUUUGGAUAGCCUACUGAGAUACCGAAUCAACCAUAGCCUCGAUUUGUUCACUAAUGUCUUGUAAAAAAGGGAGGAGCAAUUACUUCUGACAUUGAUAAUCCUCAUACAAGUGAAAAUUCAGGCAUUCCUACUGAAAAACUAAAAAAUGCCUCACUUCAGUAAAUGCUUAGAAGAAUAAUGAUAUAAAAUAAAGAUUAGUAACUGAUAAAUUAAAAGUUAUCUUUAGAAGUAUAGCUUUUGAAACAAGAUAAUUAAGACUUAAGAAAUAAAGUAUUCAAUCUCGAAUCAGUAAUGGUUACAGUUAUUUAGAGACUACUAUAGCAAAAUACUCACAUUAACAAUCAAGGUUAGUUAUAAUAGGAUUUAUAAUGGGAUGAUAUUUUGGAGCAGCUAGUUGGUGAUAGAAUUGAACAGCAAAAUCAGAAUGACAGAUAACAGAAUUUAGCCAUAAAUGAUUAAGAGGUUUUAGCUUUGUAGAGUGAAGAGCAAAGUUUAGCUGAUUAGUAAAGAAGAUUUUAGGAAAAUGAAGUAAUUGAAAAUAACUAAGAAAAAAAAAUAGUUUCACUAUCUACAAUUGAAAUGAAUCUAGAAAAUACAUGGAUUGCCCUUAAUAAUGAUGACUCGCCUAUUAGUGAAUUAUGA